AUGCUCACGGAGAAAGAAAAGCGCGAGGCGAAGCAACUCGACAGAGAGUCGUACAACGUCUCCUUGUACGACCAACCUCCGAACGAGGACAUCAAGCUGGAAGAAUUUGAAAAGUACGCGUUAGAUCGCGUGCGAUUGUUAACCGCGAUUGAAAACGCGCUCAGUUCUGGGAAGAAACCGGAGGAAUUGCAAGAACUGAUCAAGGAGAAAACGAAGAGUUUGAAAUUAGAACCGAAAUCGAUCGCGGACGAGGUUUCGCAUUACGCGCUGCGAUUGGCGUUUUGCAGGACGGAGAGUUUACGGAGACAGUUUUUGACGAGCGAGGUGCAACUGUUUAAAGCGAGGUUUCGCGAGAUGAAGGGCGCGGACAAAGCGAAGUUUAUCGAGCACGAGUUGGAUUACAACUCGAUGGAUUCGAAGGAGUUUGAAAAGUUGAAAGACGAGUUGAUGGACGUCUUGUGUCAAGCGAGAUCGACUGGGCCUAGAGGCAAAGACAGGGAACAGUGGAUGAUGAGUGAACACAAAAGAAGUAAAUAUUACAAAGUCAAAUUUGAAAACGUCUAUCAGUUGGUCAAGAUGAGAGACGUUUUGGUCAAGAAAGGAUUCGCGUACGUGCACGAAAGCGCGGUAGAUGCGAUCGUGAUGACUGAGUUUAGGGCGAAAUUGAGCAAGAAUUUGGGUUUAGCCGCGAAGAGGUGGAACGCGUUUGUCGAGAGCGACGAGAGGGCGAGGUUGGUGCCGGUGAUCAACUCGUUGAGGACGAAAGAGUUGGGGAGGUCGGAUUACGGCAGCGAUAACGCGAACGGUGGUCCGUCUGGCACGGGAAUAGUCUUGAACAAAGAGUUGCAGCGGUUGGCGGAAGAGUCGUUCCCGUUGUGCGCGAAGAAUCUGUUCAAAGCGGUGAAACACGAACACCACUUGAGGCACGAAGGCAGACGACAGUUGCAGUUGUAUUUGAAAGGCAUCGGUUUACCGUUGGAAGAAGCGUUGGUGUUUUUCAAAACCGAGUUUACCAAGAAACCUGGGUGCAACAACGAGAAGUUCGAGAAAGAUUACGCGUAUGGCGUGAGACACUCGUACGGUAAGGAAGGGAAGAGGGUCGAUUACACGCCGCACUCGUGCAUGAAGUGCAUCGCGGCCAACCCGAGUAAAGGCGAGUACCACGGAUGUCCGUUUAAGACGUUCUCCGAGGAAGCUUUAGGAGCAGCUUUGAGCCAAAUGAAAAUUGAACCGAGCAAAGUGACGGACAUCGUGAAGAAAGCGAAGAAUAAACACUACCAACUCGCGUGCUCAGACGUGUUUGAAGCCGUGCACGGCGGCGAGUUCAUCGAGGGCGGUUUGCAUCACCCGAAUCAGUAUUACGAACAGUCCAGGAAGGUGUUGAACCCAAAGACAAAUGAAGAUAGCGACGGUAAGGAAAAGCAAGCGGUGCCGACGCCGCCGCAACAAAAGGAAGAACAAACUGCUGCUGCUGCUGCUGCUCCGAAAGUUGUCGCCGCGUGA